CACAAGUCAGAUGUUUGGGAUUCUAGGGUUUAGCGCCGCCAUGGGAAAACGGCAGAAGCAGCAAGUCACCGGCCGCCCAAGCAACUCCCCAAGAGAAAACUCGAAGGAGGUGCCAAUUGAUCUCUUGAUUGACAUCUUCACAAGAUUACCAGUGGAAGACGUUGCGAGGUGUCGUUGCGUGUCGAAGCUUUGGUCUUCCAUACUACGUCGUCGAGAUUUCACCCAACUGUUCCUCAAAAUCUCAUCGACUCGGCCUCGUAUACUAUUCACCUUCCUUUACAACGGUAGGCGAAUCUUUUACUCCAUACCUCAAGAUCUAGAUCCAGACCGCAACAACUACUCCUCUCCUAUAAUUCCCUAUUACCAGAUGCAUUUCCCUAAAGGUUUGGGUUCUUCCGACAAGGUUUGUCCCCCUAUACUUGGCUUGAUCUGUAACAAAUCUAAGAAGCCGUUGAUCUGCAACCCUAGCACAGGAGAGUACAUGUCUUUACCCAAAGCGAGGAAUGAAAUGAGUCCCUUUUUUGGGUAUGAUCCUAUCGACAAACUAUUCAAGGUAUUGUGCCUGUCCGAUGAUUUUGUGUUUCAAGUUUCAACAUUAGGAACGUCCGGAGAAGAAAUGACCUGGAGAAUGGUCGAAUGUCCGAAACGUCAUCAACCUGUAAGUGCUGAUAUAUGCAUUGAUGGGGUAUUGUAUUAUUUAGCUAAGCGCGUGGGAAAUAUAUCUACACUACCUCUUAUGGUAGUUUGCUUUGAUUUUAGAUUGGAGAGAUUCACGUUUCUAGAUUUGUUGUUAAUAACUGUGAGUUCAGCUCUCAUAAAUUACAAUGGUAAACUGGGCAUACUAUCGGCAAGUUCGUAUCGUGUUGAUUACAACACAGAAGCUAUUGAGCUGCGGGUUCUAGAGGAUGCUGAUGAAGUGAAAUGGUCAAAGACUGUCUACAAAUUUCCAUAUUAUUGGAAGGAUCUAGCUGCGAAAACCUACCUACACAUUGUCGGGAUGACUACUACAGGUGAAAUUGUUUUGUCGACAUACUAUGUACAUAAUCCUUUCUACAUCUUCUACUACAAUACAGUGAAGAACUCUGUGGUAAGAGUUAGAAUCGAUUUCGGAAUUAAACCUUUGAGGGCUCUUAACUGCUCAAAGAUUUUGACAUUCGUAAACCAUGUGGAGAAUGUAAAGCUUAUGGAUUAGGGCUUUAUAGCAUAGCUAAUGUAGCUUGCCUUCUAAGGUCGCAUCCAUCUUGUUCCCUUAUUGUUUGAAUGUAUGAUUGUUUGUUGUAAGCUAUUUGAACUUUUCUUGUUGUAAGCUAUUUUUAAGCAAAUUUGAACUUUUAUCUUCUUGAACAA